AUGUCAGAUGUUGGUGCUGAAGAAAUGCAGCCUGAUCAAGAAUUGGUUGAACUUUUGGAAAUGGACAAACAAAAACUAACAAAGAAACAAUUACAGAAAGUACAUGACAAAGAAGUAGAAAUGGCUCGAAUGAAAUUUCAACUGGAAAUGGAGAAGUUAAGAAUGGAAAGAGAAAGAGAGAAGGAAGAAAUGAAUUUUAGGAUAAAAGAACUUGAAUUAGACAAUGCUAAACAAAUUAAAACUUUGGAAGUGGAAUUACAGAAAUCAAAAGAUACACAGGAGUUAAAAUGUUCGAGUUUGUCCAUGAAAGUGAAAAUGCAACAGUUUGAUGUGGAAAAGGAAGAUAUUUUAACAUAUCUAUCCGAGUUUGAGGCUGUGGCCCAACAAGCCGGGUGGGAUGAUAAGGUUAAAGUGCUGCAGCUAAGAACCUUAUUACCCGGUGUUGCACGAGAAGUAGCACGCGAAUCAAGCCAGGACUUUAAGGGUCUGAAGAGGGCGUUGGUUACCAGGUUUGGACGGCGACCGGCGGACUACUUUGUUUUGCUUGAUCAAAUCAAGCGGAAGAGGAAAGAGACAUACAGGGGAUUGAACUCUCGUAUACGGAUGUACGUGGAGAGGUUUCUCGAUGAUAAAGAUCCAACUGACCAGCUGUGUGAAGCUUUCUUUCUAAAAGCGUUACCUCCAGCACAAGCACAGUGGAUUGUGAGAAACAAAGGUUCAGGCAGUGUAGUGGAAGCGGCGGAAGAUUACGUAGAAUCAGACACUACAAUCAGAGAAAACCGAGAUCAGCAUGAUGGAAGGAAUCAUUCAAGACAAAUAAAACCAGAUAUCAAGUGUUUUAUAUGUCACAAACAGGGUCAUCUGGCACGCCACUGUAGAAAACGAUACGGUGACAGCCGAAAUCAAGCGACUUUCUUUAUCCAAAAUCACCAGACAAAUAAGCUAAUCUACCUUCCUGGAAAGGUGAAUGGAAAAAACAUUUCAUUUGUUAAGGACACAGGAUGUGAACUAACUUUAAUAAAGGCAAAGUUUGUUCCCCCAAGCUGCAUUCUAGAGGGACAGAGCACAGUGCUGUAUACAGCAGUAGGGCAACCAUUCAAUGCCAAACUUGCUGUUGUGGAGAUAGACACUCCAUUUUACUCUGGACAUGUACAGGUUGGUGUUGUGCCGGGUUUGGUUGAAGAUGCUUUACUUGGAAUCGAUAUCAUUGACAGAAAAGCCAAAGUUAAUGCAGUGACAAGAGCCCAAGCUCAAGCAGAAGAAAUACUUGAAUUCCCUCAGGUACAAAAACAAAUGGCUGAAACAUCAGAAAUAAAUGAGAAUAUCCUGCCAAAUGCUGAGACAUUAGCGACCCAACAACGGGAAGAUGAAACACUGAACAAGAUUCGAGAAACUGCUCUGAAGACAGAAGAAGAAGCAAGAUCUGAAUCCAGUGCUUUCUUCUGGGAAGACUCAAUUCUUUAUCGUCACUGGAGAACCAAAGAUAAUUCCAAAGAAGGAAAGCAAUUAGUUGUUCCACAGUCUAUGAGAAAGAAGAUAUUAGAACUGGCUCAUGACAGACCACUAGCUGGACAUCUUAGUGUUGAAAAAACCAAACAGAGAAUCAUGGCAAGGUUCUAUUGGCCUGGAGUACUCAAAGAGGUUGCUGGACACUGUAAAACGUGCGACGUCUGCCAGAAGUUUGCCAAAAAGAAACCAGGCGAAAUCGCACCAAUGCGGACAGUACCAAAAGUCACUGAACCUUUCAGAAAAAUAUCCAUGGAUAUUGUCGGUCCACUGGCCAGAACAAAGAAAGGUAACAAGUUUAUUUUAACCAUUGUAGAUGAAGCCACACGUUAUCCAGAGGCCUUUGCUCUGAAGUCAAUUGAAGCAGAGGUGAUUGCUGAUAAACUGAUUGAAAUGUUUAGCAGGACAGGUGUACCUGAGGUAAUCUUGACGGACCAAGGCUCGAACUUCACAAGUACAUUGAUGAAGCAGUUAUAUGAGAUUCUUGGAGUCAAGGGUGUGACAACAUCGCCGUAUAAUCCCAAGGCGAAUGGUGUUGUUGAACGUUUUAAUGGAACUUUAAAAGCAAUGCUGAAAAAGUUAUCCAUGAGUGGUAGUGAUGACUGGGAUGUUCUGUUGCCAUAUACAUUAUUUGCGUACAGAGAGGUACCACAUCAGGAGACCGGGUUUGCACCAUUUGAGCUUUUGUAUGGAUGGCCUGUUCGUGGACCUCUGGAUCUUGUAUAUGAAGCCAUGACGGGACAGUCUGAAAAUGGUCAGACAUUGUUGGAUCACAUUACUAAGGUCAGGGAACGCCUGGCACUAGUUACCAGUGUGGUUGAGAAAAACUUGACAAGACGACAUGAGUAUACCAAGGCAUGGUAUGACAGAAAAAAACAGGCCAAGGAACGGAAGUUUUGGCCUGGUGACCAGGUACUGGUUUUGUUGCCGUCCAGUUCAAAGAAGAUGCUUGCACAAUGGCAGGGUCCGUUCAGAGUGGUAAAGCAAGUGUCUGAUGUCAAUUAUUCAGUUCAAGUUGGCGGUCGUUGA